AUGGAAAAUAAAGCUCUUUAUAACAAAUGUGUGUAUAAGGUCAAAGAGGAAUAUGAUGGUUCUAAGAGAUACAAGGUAAGAUUGGUAGUCAAAGGCUUUCAGCAGGAAGAAGGGAUUGACUACACAAACAUAUGUUCUCUGGUUGUGAAACUUAAUACCAUUCGUUCAAUUCUUAUCCUGAUUGAAGAAGAGGAGUUGCACCUUGAGCGGUUUGAUGUGAAAACUAAAUUCCUCCAUGGUGACCUAGAGGAGGAGAUAUACAUGCAACAAUUGGAGGGUUUCUUAGUUAAAGGGAAGGAGAAACUAAUGUGCAAGUUGAAGAAAAAUUUAUACGAUUUAAAUCAAGCCCCAAGGCAAUGCCAAGAGAAAAAACCGAGCAAGUUAAAUUCGAAUAACAUCUUCAAAUCUUCUCAUUCUCUUAACUUGGAUAUGGAACAAUUGAAGAGUUGUGUUGAAGUUGAGAAGAGGCAGUUCCCUAUUACUGAGGUUCAAAAUUCAUUGAAGGAAGAGGUUCUACAACUCCAGAAGCAACUAGACAACCAAUUCGACGUAAGAUGUGCACUAGAAAAGGCAUUGUGUUGUAGUCCUCUGCCCCAUAAUCCUACAAAUGAAAACUCAGUAACCAAGAAAGCCCAGGAUCUGAUCAGGGAAAUUGCUGUCUUAGAGUUGGAAGUUGUGCAUUUGGAGAAGUACCUUCUUUCAUUGUACCGGAAAAUGUUUGAUCAACGAUUCUCAUCCUUACCUACAAACACAACGGAUAAAAAAAGCUUGAAAUCGAUCAUGCAUAAAGGGUCUUCCUCAGAUUCUGGGAAGAACAAAAAUUUACUUUCGAUUGAAUAUCCACCAGCAAAGGAAUGUAAUGACAUUUGGGGAGAAAAGGCACUAUUAGAUUCUAGUACUAUACACCGCAGCCACUCAUCACUAUCACAACGUUCGCCUUGUGCAAUCACAACUGUUCCUCCUUGGCGAAUUCUUGCCGAAGCAGUAGAUUCAUUCCAUUCCUUACCUCUGUCGAUGCUCGAGCGUGCGCAGGGUGGUAGAUCAAAUGUACUGAGUCUGGCAGAGCAUCUUGGCUCCUAUAGCUCGGAUCAUGUUCCAGAGACACCGAACUGGCUUUCUGAGGAGAUGAUUAAGAGCAUAUCAGCCAUAUAUUGUCAACUUGCUGACCCUCCUUUGAUCAAUCAGGGCUUCCCUUCAUCCCCUAUUUCAUUCCCAUCACCAAUGAGUGAAUCUUCUCCACAAGUUCACUACGACAUGUGGAGCCCAGAGUGCCGUGGAAAUUCAUCUUUUCGUUCAUGGUUGGACAAUCCUUUCAAUGUCGAAGGAUCAAAGGAAUUUAGUGGUCCUUACUUCACAAUGGCAGAGGUGCAACGGAUAUCUAGAGAUCGUCCAAAGUCGAGAGAAACAGAACAUAUGCUACAAAGAUUCAGGUCACUCGUGUCUCGGUUGGAAGAAGUUGAUCCUAAAUGGAUGAAACAUGAGGAGAAGCUAGCCUUUUGGAUUAACAUACACAAUGCACUGGUGAUGCAUGCCUUUUUGGUUUAUGGGAUUCCACAGAACAAUCUGAGGAGAAUUUCUUUACUCCUCAAGGCUGCAUAUAACGUGGGCGGUCUCAUCAUAAGCAUAGGCAUGUUACAAAACUCUAUUUUGGGAUGCCGGCUGCCUCGUCCAGGACAAUGGUUCCAGUCCUUGCUUUUUCCGAGGACAAAAUUCAAGGUUGGAGAUGCAAGGAAAACAUAUGCAAUCAAUCAGCCAGAACCACUUUUACAUUUUGCACUUUGUUCAGGAAGCCAUUCUGAUCCUGCGGUUCGAAUGUAUACACCCAAGAGGGUGUUUCAGGAGCUUGAAGCUGCAAAAGAAGAGUACAUAUAUACCACCUUCAGGGUACACAAGGAACAGAAGAUCCUUCUACCAAAGAUUGUGGACUCUUUUGCAAAGGAAUCGGAUUUGUGCCCUGCCGGUUUAAUGGAGUUGAUUGAGCACUCUGUAUCCAAUUCUCUGAGGAAGAGUCAUCAUGCAAAAUUCCGGAAAAAAAUUGAGUUCAUCCCUCACAACUUCAAAUUCCGUUACCUUAUUUCCCAAGAAUUAACCAAGUGAUAAAAUGCUCUCACAAGUUCUCCCAAUGGUGUUGGUGGUGGUUUGGAUCAGUCUUGCAGAUUCCGGGAUUUCUAAGUAUAUUGUACAAUUCAGGCAACAUGAUAUCUUAGAAUGACAGAUGAAUCAUAACCGAACUUUGUUGGUGGUUUAUAACAUAUUCUCAACCUGAAACUACCAACUUGAUUCCGACACUAUUUGAGUUGAGGAAUUGUGCUUUAUUUUUAGAAGAAUGAUGAUCAAAAUGGCUCAAGAUCUUUGAGCUAGAGCAUGGCAACACCUAUACUAAGAGGUUGAGCAACCACUUUGUUUUUGUCACAUCCUUUGAGCUCUCAUAAGCUUGAGCUGAUUUGAUCACUAAGUCUCUCUAAAAUGGCAUGGUUGUGAUUUCACUGUCAUUCCCAAUUGUUGGGCCUGCAUUUUCCAUAACAAGAGAUGAUAGGUGGGCUAUGAAUAUUCCAUUGUGUACUGUAUUUUAUUGAAGUAGAAAAAGAAGUUUCAUAACAAUGCACUUGGGAUGGUCUUUCUUUCAUCUAUAUAC